GACCUUCAAUAUAUAUUGAAGUCAUACCCUCUUACUCGCUUCAUUUUGGUUUUACCCUGUUUAAUAUCUUCAUCGAAGACCAACAACCCAGAGAAGAAGAAAAUGUCCAAGGAGCAAACUUUCAUAGCCUCAAUCGACCAAGGCACCACCAGCACCCGGUUCUUCAUCUAUGACAAAUCUGCUCGAAUCAUCGGUUCCCACCAUGUCGAGUUCACUCAGUUCUACCCUGAAGCCGGGUGGGUGGAACAUGAUCCAAUGGAGAUAUUGGAGAGUGUGAGAUCUUGCAUGACGAAGGCACUAGACAAGGCUACUGCUGAUGGAUACAAUGUUGACAGUGGACUGAAAGCAAUUGGAUUAACAAAUCAAAGAGAAACAGUUGUUGUUUGGAGCAAAUCUACUGGUUCUCCUCUCUAUAACGCCAUCGUUUGGAUGGAUGUUCGUACCAGCUCUAUUUGCAGGAAAUUGGAGAAAGAACUGCCAGGAGGGAGAACACACUUCGUGGAAUCAUGUGGUUUGCCUUUAAGCACUUAUUUUAGUGCAGUGAAGCUGCUAUGGUUGAUGGAGAACAAGGAAGAGGUUAGAGCUGCUAUUAAAAAAGGGGAUGCCUUGUUUGGAACUAUAGACACAUGGUUAAUCUGGAACUUAACUGGCGGUGUAAAUGGUGGGAUACAUGUCACUGAUGUCUCUAAUGCAUCACGGACGAUGCUCAUGAAUCUCCAAACUCUCGAUUGGGAUAAAGCGACGUUGAAAACUCUUGGAAUACCAGCUGAAAUUCUGCCAAAAAUUGUAAGUAAUGCUGAGGUCAUUGGUAAAAUCGCCAAAGGGUGGCCUCUUUUUGGUGUCCCGAUUGCAGGAUGUCUUGGUGAUCAACAUGCUGCAAUGGUUGGUCAAGCUUGCCGUAGGGGUGAGGCCAAAUGCACUUAUGGAACUGGUGCCUUUAUCCUGCUCAACACGGGUACUGCACCCGUUAAGUCAACCCACGGCCUCCUAACCACGCUUGCAUUCAAGCUUGGUCCAAAAGCACAGACAAACUAUGCUUUAGAGGGCUCUAUUGCUAUUGCUGGAGCUGCAGUUCAGUGGCUAAGAGACAGUCUUGGGAUAAUUUCCUCUGCAAGUGAGAUAGAAAGCCUGGCAUCAAAGGUUGAUUGCACAGGUGGGGUUUACUUUGUUCCUGCCUUUAAUGGUUUGUUCGCUCCAUGGUGGCGAGAUGAUGCUCGUGGAAUUUGCAUUGGAAUCACAAGGUUUACAAGCAAGUCUCACAUUGCUCGUGCGGUUCUUGAAAGCAUGUGUUUUCAAGUUAAAGAUGUAUUGGAUUCAAUGCACAAAGAUGCAGGCGAGAAAGGUGAGGUCAAGAAUGAAAAGGAAGAGUUUUUGCUUAGGGUGGAUGGGGGUGCCACUGUCAACAACCUCCUAAUGCAAAUUCAGGCGGAUUUGCUGGGAAGUUCUGUGGUCAGACCAGCUGACAUAGAAACAACCGCUCUCGGAGCUGCAUAUGCUGCUGGAAUAGCUGUAGGAGUGUGGAAAGAAGAGGAGCUUUUUGCUUCGGGACAAAUUAUCAAAACCGCAUCCAUAUUCUCCCCAAAAUCAAGUGUAGAAUGGAGGAAGAAGAAGGUGGAUUCUUGGUGCAAAGCUGUUGAAAGAACGUUUGGUUUGGCUGAUCUUGAAAUGUGAUACAACAGUUAUUUCUGUUUCGACUUCCUGGUGACCAUAGUCUCGUCUUUUGUAGAUGUUUUAUUUUAUUUUUGAAUUUACAGACAAAACCCAUGCUUAUAUUCAACAGAAUAAAAUGCUGAAUGUAUUACUCUGGUUGUCAGUGCUUUGCGUCAAUGACAGUCACAGACAUUAUUAAAGGUUUUAGUUUUCAAAA